AUACCAUAGCAGAGGUGGGUGCCCAGGGUGGCAGCCUGGCAUGUUUGUGUCCCGCUGCCCCUUUAAGGCCUGGCGUUGCACAGUAGCGGCGGAGGGAGGGCCCUGCCCCAAUGCCUGAGCUCUGGGAUGGAAAAACAGUUCCUGAUGUGACUCCCAGCGCAGAGCAACGAGCAGCACUCACACCCUCUGUGCUCCGGCACAGCCUGCCCAUCUACACAGCUCCGCGGUGCCAAGGGGAACCCGCCGGGCACACUGCACUCUCUGGCUGGGGGCUGUACUUUGCCUGUUCUAGCAGGGGGCACACCUCCUUCUCUGCCAGGGGAGAGAAACGAGGGCACCCUUCGUAUGCCCGGGGCUGAGAGCUGGUCACCCUCAUCUCUGCCAGGAACCCAGGCUGCUCUGUGCCAGGGAGGAGGGCACCUUAUCUAUAAUAGGAUUAGCUGCACGAUACUCUUGGUACUGUACCCUCUGCCAGGGGGGCACCUUCUCCUCUGUUACAGGGGAGGCACAAUUGCGAAUCGGGCACCUUUUCCUUUGCCAAUUGGCACAGUCACCUUGUUACUUGUUCUUCUGCAAGAGGAGGAGACGUGGGCACCGUCUCCGGGUUUUUAUCAAAACUGGAAAAUAUCUCCUGUGCCAGUCGACUAAGGGUCGGGCAUCGUCUUGUCUCAUUUAGGACUCGGCCCUUCUAUUCUGUGCCAGGGUAGUGACAGAAGGGCAUCCGUUCCUCUGCAGAGAUUCAUCAUUGCCGAGCAGUGAGAGCAGGUGGAUGCCAACCUUACCGCACAGGAACUGGGCACCCGCGUACAGGGCACAAGGGCAGUCUUGCUGGUGCUUUUACUGGUGCCCUGGACAAAGAGAAGGGCAUUAUCAGUGGUGCCCAGGGAAAGCUGAAGGGUGUUCUUACCAGUGCCCAGGGACGGAGAGGGGUACUUACUGGUGCCCGGGAAAAGAAGGGCAUUCUCAGCGGUACCCAGGACAAAGAGAAGGGCAUUGGUGCAGUAUUGCCAGUGGUACCCAAGACUCCGGGCAUUGCCAGAGGGACAGACCCAUUAGAUCAGGGAUUUACAGGAGGCUUACACAUAUCUGUGCCAAGGCUAGAGACUGGCACCCACUGCCAAAGGACCUACCGCGGAGCAUUCUACCCCUAUCCCUGGCAUUGGGCACAAACAGGGGGAUCCUUAGUGCCCGUCACUGCAUCACUCACCCACAGGAACUCCGAUCAUGAUGAGUAGAUAGCACCCUACACGAUGACCAUGGCUCCCAGGAAAAGGAGUCGUCAUGCCUUUGGGUUCCUUUGCUGCUUUGGGAGCAGCGAACACCCUGAAAUCAACCUCAAGGACAACAAUCCCCUUCAUUUCAUGGAAUUUGCUGGGCCCAUUCCCUCGGCCGAGGAGCUCAAUGCCAGGUUCUCCGAACUGGUGGAUGAACUGGAUCUCACAGAUAAAAACAGAGAGGCCAUGUUUGCGCUCCCCCCAGAGAAAAAAUGGCAAAUCUACUGCAGCAAGAAGAAGGAACAGGAAGACCCGAACAAGCUGGCGACCAGCUGGCCUGAUUAUUACAUCGAUCGGAUCAACUCCAUGGCAGCGAUGCAGACACUCUAUGCCUUUGAUGAAGAGGAUACAGAAAUGAGGAAUAAAAUAGUGGAGGAUUUAAAGACGGCACUAAGAACCCAGCCAAUGAGGUUUGUAACUAGGUUUAUUGAGCUGGAUGGCCUGACCUGCUUGUUGAACUUCCUAAAGAGUAUGGACUAUGAGACGUCCGAGAGCCGAAUACACACAUCCGUUAUAGGGUGUAUCAAGGCUCUCAUGAAUAAUUCCCAGGGACGGGCGCAUGUAUUGGCCCACCCUGAGAGCAUCAACAUCAUCUCCCAGAGCUUACGGACGGAGAACAUCAAGACCAAGAUCGCUGUUCUGGAGAUUCUAGGAGCUGUGUGCUUAGUCCCAGAUGGGCACAAGAAGGUGCUUCAAGCUAUGUUACAUUACCAGGUUUACGCGGCGGAACGAACCCGAUUCCAGACCCUGCUGAAUGAGUUGGACAGGAGUAUGGGCAGAUACCGGGAUGAAGUCAACCUCAAAACUGCCAUAAUGUCCUUUAUCAACGCCGUUCUGAACGCGGGCGCCGGGGAGGAUAAUUUAGAAUUCCGGUUACACCUUCGGUUUGAGUUCCUGAUGUUGGGAAUACAGCCCGUCAUUGAUAAGCUGAGGCGGCACGAGAACGCAACGUUGGACAGGCAUUUAGAUUUCUUUGAAAUGGUGAGAAAUGAAGAUGAAAUCGAAUUGGCCAAAAGGUUCGACAUGAGCCACAUCGACACCAAAAGUGCCACGCAGAUGUUUGAUCUCAUAAAGAAGAAGCUGAAACAUACAGAUUCCUACCCCUACUUGUUAUCUAUACUCCAGCACUGUUUAGAGAUGCCGUAUAAGUGGAACGGUAGCACUAUCCAGCACUGGCAACUUCUCGAUAGAAUAUUGCAACAAAUCGUCCUACAGGAUGAGAAAGGAGAAGACCCCGACGUUGCGCCGCUGGAGAACUUCAACGUCAAAAACAUCAUUAAGAUGUUAGUCAAUGAAAACGAGGUGAAACAGUGGAGAGAACAAGCGGAGAAGUUCAGGAAAGACCACACGGAGCUGAGCAGCAGGUUGGAGAAGAAGGAGCGGGAGUGUGAGAUAAAGACGCAAGAGAAGGAAGAGAUGAUGAAGACGUUGAAUAAGAUGAAAGACAAACUGCAGAAGGAAUCGUCGGAGCUCCGACAGGCCCGGGAUCAUAUGACUGAUCUCAUGUCCCAGCUUAACGAGCUCUCGAAUGGAGGAACCCUAUCAUUUCCUCCUCCACCUCCCCCACCACCUGGAGGACCAUUCGUUCUUCCUCCACCUCUACCUGAGAACUUGCCGCCUCCGCCUCCUCCUCUGCAGUUCCCUUGUUUCCCACCACCGCCACCACCUCCUCCACCCCCUCCAGGAGCACCGCCUCCUCCCCCCGGAGCUCCUCCCUUUUUCAGCAUGGGAAUGCAAGCCCCUCCUCUAACCACGUUUAACUACGGCACAAGCUUGAGAAAGAAAUCCAUUCCUCAGCCAUCCCAUGCCCUGAAGUCCUUCAACUGGUCCAAGCUGAACGAGGAUAAAAUCAAUGGAACCAUCUGGAAUGAAAUUGACGACAUCCAUGCUUUCAAGAUGUUGGACUUGGAUGAGUUUGAAAGAAUGUUUUCAGCUUACCAACGGCACCAGGACCUGCUAAGUAACACGUCUCUCAAGCAGAAGGACAUGGACUCAAUGGAGGAUCUUUACCUCUCCACACGCAAAGUCAAGGAGUUGUCCGUCAUUGAUGGACGAAGAGCGCAAAACUGUGUCAUCCUCCUCUCCAAGCUCAAGCUCUCGAAUGAGGAAAUCAGGAGGGCUAUAAUGGAGAUGGAUGAGCAGGAAGACCUCCCAAAAGACAUGUUGGAACAGCUGCUGAAAUUUGUUCCGGAGAAGAGCGACGUUGACCUGUUGGAGGAGCACAAGCACGAAAUUGAGCGAAUGGCUCGGGCCGACCGGUUCCUGUAUGAGAUGAGCAGGAUCGAUCACUAUCAGCAGCGACUUCAGGCUCUGUUUUUUAAGAAGAAACUGCCGGAAAGGUUUGCAGAAACCAAACCCAAAGUUGAAGCCCUGCUGCUGGCGUGCAAGGAGCUGAUGCGGAGCAAGCGGCUAAAACAACUCUUCGAGGUGGUCUUGGCAUUCGGAAAUUACAUGAACAAAGGUCAAAGAGGCAACGCGUUCGGAUUCAGAGUCGCAAGCUUAAACAAGAUAAUAGACACCAAAUCCAGCAUCGAUAGGAACAUAACCCUAUUGCACUAUUUAAUCAUGAUAUUCGAGAGAACCUACCCAGACAUACUGAACAUCCAGACUGAGCUGCAGCAUCUGACAGACGCAGCUAAAGUCAAUUUGGUGGAACUGGAAAAGGAAGUCGGGAAUAUCAAGAAUGGGCUGAGAGCCGUAGAGUCAGAGCUAGAAUACCAGAGGCGCCAGUACAGAGAAGCCGGAGACCGCUUUGUGCCCGUCAUGAGCGACUUCAUCACCGUCGCCGGAUUCAGCGUCUCCGAACUGGAAGACUUGCUCAGUGAGGCACGAGAUAAGUACAACAAGGCCAUGAAGCAUUUCGGAGAAGUCGAGGGCAAAAUGCAGCCGGACGAGUUCUUUGGAAUCUUUGACACCUUCCUGCAGUCGUUUGCAGAGGCCAAGCAGGACCUGGAGAACAUGAGGAAGAAGAAGGAGGAAGAGGAGCGCAGAGCUCGCAUGGAAGCCAUGCUGAAGGAACAACGGGACAAGGAGAGACGACUGAAGAAGGCCAAAGCGGACAGCACCUCAGAAGAAGUCGGGGAGUUCGAUGACCUUGUGUCCGCCUUAAGGUCCGGGGAAGUCUUCGACAAGGACUUAUCCAAACUCAAGAGGAACCGCAAGCGUUCAGGGAAUCAGAUAUUGGACACUAGUAGAGAGCGAGCCGUGACAAAGCUAAAUUAUUAAGAGAGAGCUAUGAGAGGUCCAUCAUGGCGGGACAAGCUGGGGCCAUUGGCUCGAGGCCACCAGUGAGCAGGGUUCUUGGGUGACAGACUUUGUUGGCUUGGGAAAGCAUCACCUACACGGUGUAGAACUUCCCAAUGAGAAGCAGUUAACGUGGGAAAGCGAAUACCGUGGGAAUGCGUAUUGGACUUGCUGCCAUCUUGCUUUAUAAAGUGCCAAAUAAUUACUUGCACUCAGUUCAGAAAUAAUAGUAACGUGUAGACUUAUUUAUCCAAGUCAGCUGCCUCCCCCGCCGCAUUAAGACGGUCCAGAAUCCCCCAAACAAAGAUAAUUAUAGGCCCAUUUUGUGGUUCUGCACCAAAGAACGGGUUCAGGCUUGAGCAGCAUGGAGCUGGAAGUGCCUCAACUUCAUCAACAGGCGACUGUCAGCCUUUAUGCACAAAGCCCGGCGGGGAUAGAGUGUCCCCACUGCUAUAAACUGACCUUGGUCCACGCAGGAGUCUUGUACAAAAUGUCACAAACAUUGAUUUUUUUUUGUUGGAAUUCCAGGAUUCCCUCCAGUUUUUAAAAACCAAACACAUAAACCGCCGCGUGAUCGGGAAACGGAGCGCCCUGCCAUGUUUAACAUUGGAGAUGCUUUGUGCGGGGGUCAGCGUGCGAGCCUUCCUGGCCGGCCAAACAAAAGCACAAGAUGUAACCGAGGAGAAACACAAACAGAGGAGCCGUCAGAUUCUGGGCCGAAAAUUCUGUCGUGGGCACCGGCCAAAUUCUAUUUCCCAUAAAACUAUAAUUCCAAAGUGGAAAACAAAGUAUUUGAUUCAGGAUCUAAUGAGAAACAUCCAAUUAGAACCCAACGACGCUGGCUUAUAAUGGGGCGUCCUAAGCCUUCCUGACCAGAAGGGAGAUCAUGGGGUCCAUCAUGGUGGGUGGGAUUGUGCUCCUCAGCAACUACAGGAGCUUAUGGGAAGGGAUUCAUGUAUAGAACCAGCGUAACUAUAGCAGGGGGGCAAUUAUGGCACCCAGGUGGUCUUGCCAUUGUCUGUAAGACAGUUAGACAUCUUCUCUUACCCUUAUUCAUUCAAACUCUUGCCAACACCAUUGGCGGAAUGGAGCUGAGGGGGCAACUAUUUGUGCUUCUCUGACAUUAUAUCCAAGCUCUACAAGUCUUGGCCGCUUCCCUCUUUAGCCUUUCUAUCCGGGUUUGUAUCUUUAACAUUGAGCUGUUGAGGUUAAUCAGAAACCUAUCAGGACAGGCCCUUCGGGGGCCACAGUUAUUCUAAUCCAUAGAGGUUAUUUCAGGGAGUUUGAUUGGCCCCCUAUGGGCGGAUAGUUACGCCAGAAGGAUAACUCAGUACGUGUAAGGCUUCCGGAGGAUCUUGCGUGGUACCUUAUGAGGAAUGGGGAGAGCUCUGGAUCCUUCUCCAAAACACCCAACCAGGGAGGUGACCCAGAAGUCUAUGGGCAUGGACAGACAAGUAGCCGAAUGGGUCACGUUCCAUCCAGUCGGCAAGAAAAAGAAGUGCCCCAUGUUUACAUGUGGGGGGCACAAGACAAUUAAGGAUAUUCCCCUCUAUGAAGCACAAUGAACCAUUAUUAUGGAGUAGGUUGUACCCUUAACGGGUAGUGGCCAUUUUAAUUUCCCCCCAGUUAAACACCAUUACUACAAAUAAAAUAGCACCUCCAGUGGCCUUAAACAAGUGGCCAUACUUGUCCUUUCUGGCAUUGGGCUGUCCCUUGGGGGGGGUCCUUAUGAGCGUACCCCCUAUUGUAGGAGCUUUGUAUGGGGAUACAGUCGGGAUUCAUGGACAGGUUUCAUGGGACCUCCCAUAAAAAGAGUUACAGAGUAAAAUCCAAAGGCCUUUUUUAAAAAAAAAAAUAAGAUAUGAAAGCCAUAUUAAGGGUUAAUAUUUUUGUAUAUACGUGCACCUUAAAUUUGUCCCCCCCCCGGGAUCCUGAUGUUGGGAGUUGCAGUUCUACAGCCUUCAGAAUGGGAGAGGAGACCACUGGGAAGUUGCAAGAACGUUGGCCCAAGAGAGCACUUUUAUAGUGAUGCAUAGGGCGGCCUGCAGGGGGCGCCAGUAAUGUUACUGAGGGGAAAACGCAGGUUUGUAACUAAUGGAAUAUAUAUAUUUAAUGGUUUUUUUUCUCUAAAGAAUUGCAACUGAAAUGACUGAUCUUGUAGCACUUCCAGAUAAUAAUAAUAAAAAUAAUAAUUACCAAACAAUAAACCUGUAAAAUGAC